CCACUACCAAAGGUGCGUAUGAAAACGAAAGCGGAAGAAGUUUUAUGAAAAGAAGUAUUCCAUCCACCCGUCAAGAGAGUAGCGUUAGUGUUAACAAGAAAGACGUGACCUAACUAACAAAGCUAUUCUCAGGUAGGCGCUUACGUUUGAACAAAUACAACAGAAAAUGCCAGCCUCGAAGGCUAAGGAAGCUAAGCUUGAUGUGUCCGAUGACAAAAACACUACGUUAGAUGUCAGCACAACACAAACUGCUCUUGAAGACAUAGACGCAUGCCAGACGGAUAUUGAUUUGCUGAAUGAAAAAGCAAGUGAAGAAAUUUUAAGUGUAGAACAGAAGUACAAUAAGCUCAGGAGACCCCAUUACAACAAGAGAAAUGAGAUGAUUCAAAAGAUUUCAAAUUUUUGGUACACUGCUGUAUCCUUUUACUUGUAUUUGCAAUACUAAAUUACAUACCAUCAUCCUUAUUUGGUAAAAGUACUAAAAGGUAGUAAUUAAAGUAAUUUCAAGUAAUAGAAUUUAAAUAAUUUAUAAUAUUGUAACUUUAACUAUAGUUAUUUUAUAGGCUAGUAUAGGCCUACAAAAUCAGAUAUCCUUGAGUCUUGAGCCGCCUUAACAUUUUAAGUGACUCUUAGGGUAGCCUAAUCAUAGUCAUAGACUAUAAUAUUAGGCUUAGAAUCGAAGUUAAAUUAAAUUUUGGGUACAAAUUGCAUUAAAUUAAUGCCCUUCUGCCCCACACUCUAAUUACGAACUAAUUUAGGCCAUUAUUUAUGUCAUUGUUAUGCAUAUAGAAUGCUUUUACACCAAAUUUGGAUAGGCAUAGGCCUACAUUUUACUUUUGAAGUGGGUUAGUGGCUGCCUACACCACAGCAAAAAAUUACAACUUUGGGGCUGAUCUUUAGAUACAGUACAGCUGUUAGAUUUGAACUUGCACAGUCUUGUGGUGUAGAGUAAACACUAGGUGAUAUCCUGCUUCAGGAGGUGACAGUAUCAGAGCUACUCCUUCACUGCGUGUGGCAUCUUCUUAUUCAUGACCAGAGUAUUAAAUGGUCUCUUCGAAUGUUAGGUUAGAACCAUUUCCUGUCCAUCUUGCCUCACUUAUUCCUAAGAUGUCUACUCUGUAUCUUCUCUGUCUCAUAGUUAAUUGUUUUGUCUUCCCCUCCUCCCACAUCCUUCUAGCAUUCCAGGUGCCAAUCCUGGAAUAUUCCUGCCCUCAGUGACAAAAAGGAAGUCGGCAUGUCAGUUCCCUUAUGAUACAUCUCCCUCCCACCCCCUGAAAUAAAAAAAAAAAUUCUUAGCAAAAAAAAAUAUAGGAAUGUCGUUCCCAUCCAUUCUUGCUGGACUCAAGCCCUGCACACAAUAAAAAUACAAGUACUGCCUUUGUUUAAUCUUGCUGGUAUUAAAUGAUUUAAAAAAAACAAAUAGUUUUAACAAAGUAUAACAUUAAUUUUAAAUAAGUACCGGUUGGCCAAAGAGUUAAAGACAGGCUAAAGUUAAAGCCAUGGUUUUGCUGCGGCCAAUAGUGUUGCUAGGUACAUCCAUGUGGUGUAUGUAGUGUUUGCCUUUUACUUUUAUGUAGGAUUACAUAAUAGUAAGAAGGAUUAGGAACUAACCUAAUUACUAAAUUUAAAAACCUGUUUAGUUAAAGCCUAUACGCCACUAUGCUAUAAGUUAGUGUCCAGGACUUUGAAUAAUGAAAGAAAAAAGUAAGAUUUUAAUUGGUAAAAAUGAUUUGAAGUGCACAAUGCCAAAAAGUUGGAGAUUUUCUAUUUCUGCCUUUUGCAGACAACAUACAAGAAUAGUUGAUUGUUAAAGCAAAAGGUGGCAUAGUGUAAUGUUGUUUUUCCUUAAGUUUGACCUUAGUUUGUAAAUCAUCCACAAAUUUCAUCUAUAUUAACAAGUGAGGAGGAGGAAUGUCUUCAAAAUCUGACCAGCGUAAGUAACUGCUUUAAUUUUGGUUUUUGGGUAUACUGAAUGUCUUUUUUUUAUUGGAAUCUGCAUAGUUAUUUCAAAGACAUAGUGUAGUAUACAUGUACUGUAUUGCAGUAUGCUAUAUUGAUCAUUUAAAUGCAAUUAAUUUUAAUCUCUAUCAUAGUAUAAUAAUUUUUGUUUUAUCAUGUACAACACCUGUAUAAAAACACUAAUCCUUUGUUUCAUUACAACAGGUUGACGUUGAGGAGUUUGAGGAUAUCAAGUCUGGAUACAAAGUUACAUUUACAUUUAAAGACAAUCCAUUUUUUACUAAUGACAAGCUUGUCAAAGAAUUCCACCUAGCAACAUCAGGUAAAAAAAAACUUGGUUAUAAUAAGUUAUAUCAUAUUAUAUUAAUAAAACCUUAGAUUUUAAAGAAAAAAACAUUUUAAAUUCAUUCAUAGUCUAAUUAGUUUUACUCCCAGAUUAUUGUCUUAUCAAAUAGUGGAAAGACAGCACCAAACUUGCCAUGGGAAUAAAAAUGUGUUUGCCUAGGUUAGUCUUACCAGCUGCUGUAAUAAAUAAAAAAAAAAUAGUAUAAAUUAUUUUUAAAUAAAUUCUCCAGAUAUAAUAUUGGUCUUAAUUAUUUCAGAGCUUCUUAUGUUGGGCAAAAAUUUUGAUAUCAGCCUCCUAUAUACCCUUUUUAAGAAAUGUUAACCAAAUAAAUAUGAAUUUCAGUCUUCCAGAGUCCUUCCUUCAUUACCGUUACCUAUAGUAGCAAUAAGUGCAUAAUGGCCUUUGUUAUUGUUAGAGUGCCUUUUCGACACUCUGUGCACAUGCUAAUGGUACAAUUUAUGGCUUGCCAUUUAGUAGUGAUAUACUGUAAUGAAAAUAAUAAUCUUUGCCUAAGGUGAACCUCAAUCAAAGUCUACACAAAUAAACUGGAAAGAUGGAAAGGAUCUCUCAAAGAAAACAAAGUCUGCCACAAAUGGUCGCAAACGGAGAGUGGGAUCAGCCAGCAGCUUCUUCUCUUGGUUUCUUGACAACAUGGAUCCUAAUGCAGAUGAAAUUGCAGAGGUCAGUGAUUGUAUUUAUCUUUUAUGAAAUAUGUUGAGUACAUCAAAAUCCAAAUGACACUACUCUUUUUUUUUUCCCUCCAGAACUGUCAAAGGAUUAUUUGUUUACUUUUAACCAUUGCUCUUUAGGUAAUCAAAGAUGACAUGUGGCCUAACCCACUUCAGUAUUAUCUGGCUUCGGAACUAGGAGUCAGUAGUGACCACGGAGACAGGUAAGUACAGCAUAUGCUAUGGCAUAAUGUUUCUAUCAGGUUAGAUAUUACAGCUGUUUGAAAACAAAGCUAGGUGAAUUUUUCAAUAAAACUUUAUAACUACACUUAGCAACAAGAAAAAUGCAUGAUACCCUCCCCUUAGCUUUGGAUCCAUUUUUAACAUGCUUGCAGCCCCUGUAGGUGGAAAUACAACUUUUAAAAUGAAAACAGCUUCUUUGAAGUGUUAUUUUUCUCAAAUUUUGAAUUUGUACGCAGAUGAAUGGCAAUUUUGUCAAAUAUGGACUCAGAUGAUUAACUUGAUAGCAAUUAUUUUAUUCCUGUAUUGUAUUUAAAUGCAGCAAAAUAUUUAUUUAUGUCUUAAAAAGGUUAUUAAGUUUACGUUUUUUUUUUAUUACCUUAUGAUUCACAGUUUUGGGGGGGGGGGUCUAUCUAAAGGGCAUGCGAUGGAACAAGAUUAACAGAUCAAGUUUUAGGGCUUAUUUAAACAAAAAGUUUGGGUUUCUAUGUCUUAAAAAGGUUAUUAAGUUUACGUUUUUUUUUUAUUACCUUAUGAUUCACAGUUUUGGGGGGGGGGGGUCUAUAUAAAGGGCAUGCGAUGGAACAAGAUUAACAGAUCAAGUUUUAGGGCUUAUUUAAACAAAAAGUUUGGGUUUCUGAUAGGGGUGUGCCGGAAUCUGGUUCCGCCGGAUUUUGCACUAUCCGGUGAAAUCCGGUUCCGUCGGAUUUACAUGUAUCCGGAACAACCGGAAUCCGGAAUAUACCGGAUUUCUGAAUUUGCCAGAUUUUGUGACUCACCGGAUCAUAAUCUGAAAUAAAAGUAAUUGUCUUUCCCGAAUUCCACACGAUCACGAUACAUUAAUCGAUUGUUUCGAGCGUUGAGCUUGUUUAAUAUUCCGAACAUACCAGAGGCUAGAGUCAGCACAGCUAAUAGUGGCCAAUCGGCCCAAUCCCAUACAUGAUAGUGCGGGGAUGAGUAAUUAUUAUUCGUGACGUCAUCUUAACCGCAAUCACCAAUGACGCUGUAACAGAAAUAAUAAGCAACUAUACUGCCCAAGCGCCUGGCCGCAAGCCCGCCACCUUACCGAGCACGGCAGACGACCAUCAAAUUGCGUCAAGCCAGCAGGCCUGUGCUGACCUAGCCUAUCUAUGAAUACUUUUAGGGACACACACUGAUCGACCUGACGUCAGUCUGCUUAGCAAUUAGUCAUUGGUGCAGAGAUAUAGAUUACCCGUACUGCCCCGCGGAGCUGUCUCCUCACCAAGCAUAAUAAUAAUAACAACAACAUAGAAACUUAUUAUGCGCCAAAAUCCGGAAGAAACCGGAAUCCGGAUUAUUCCGGAUCCGGCGGAUUUCGCAUAAGAAAAUCCGGAUGGAAAAAACGGAUCCGGCACACCCCUAGUUUCUGAUUACAUGUUGAUAGUGUAAUAUGCUAUAAAAUACUGUAGAUAUAUUUUCUGUUACAAAAUAGUAAAAUGUUCAUUUUGUUCCCCACAGCGAGGACGAAGAUGACGAUGAUGAUCAGGAUGAAUCAGCAGUUAUAGUUGGAGAUGACAGCGACGAUGAACCUGGUAAGUCCAAUAAUCUAGCAAAUUUUUCACCUAAUAUUUUAACAAAAUAACUUUUUUAAUGGUUGAUUUGCAAUGCUACAUAACUGAAAAAGUUCACUGACAUUAUCAUGAGAGCAUUUUUUUUUUAAACUGAAGGUUUUUAUCUUCAUUAGUUUUUACGUAACUAGAGUUAGAAAAAAUUCAGCAUGGUAUUCCAAGCUCAUGGGUAAGGUUGCUGACAAGUUUAUAUGAUAAUUAUUGAGCAGAUAUAGUUAAAAUUUAAUAAAGUUAAUGUAGAGAGUGCUGUUGAUGAUCCUAAAGUUCAAGAUAUAUCUGAAACUGACAUUAAAAUUAGUAAUCAUAGUUGAUGCUGGCAAUGGUGACCAUAGUGUUUGCCAAUUAAACUUAUGAAAAUGUAAUGACAUUUGACUUGUAAAAACAUAUACUGAUUCAUCUUAAGAUAUUAUAUAGACAGGUUACUUUAUAAGAAACCAAAAUAAUUUAUUACGACGAUUAUUAGUGAUGGGACGAUUAAUCGGAAUCGUAUCGGAAUAAUCGAAAUAUCAGGAUUUUUACAAAGCAUCUGUAAUCGGUAUCGGAGCUGAAUAAUUCAGACCUGAUUCCGAUACCAAAACGAUUCUUAACUGAUUAACUGCCGUAAGCAGCAGUUAUUAAAAUUAGAACAGAACAGAAAUAUCAAGGUAUCUAACAUUUAAACUGAUUGCAAACAAUGAGAAUCCUCUUGGCUGGUGGAAAGUGAACAAAUAAGAACUUCCAAGUUAGGCUCUCCUCUCAAGAAAGUAUUUAUGUGCUCCACCUUCUUCAGUAGAGAGUGAGAUAAUUUUUAGUGUAGGUGGCAAUAUAUACUCGCCAAAGAGAAACCGGUUAGAACCAACAACUAGAGAGAUGCUUAUGUUUUUGCACUAUAAUUUGCGAGUGCUUCAAUUUGACUAUGAUUAAAUGCAUAUUCUUACUAUCAAGUACUAUCAACUGAUUGAACUGAAUGAAAUUUUUCUCAUUAAAAUGGAAUUAUUUAUAUUAUUUUGAACUCAAUACUACAAUGUAGUAAUUAUAAUUAUUUUAUUUUUUGUUUGGAAUUAAACAAUAAUAAUAAUUAUACCUUUUCUCAAAAAAAAUUUAUAUAAAAUGGUAUUUUGUGAAGGUAAACUUUUUCCUAUUUUUUAUGUACAUGAAUAAUAAUUUCUUAUGUAUAUUUAAUAUACAGUUUUUUAUAUACAUAUUUUGAAAUUUUUAUCAAAGGCACUAGCUACAUCUUUGUAUUAUUAAAAUGGAAUUAUUGAUAGAUGUGUUUAUAUAACACCAUUCCAAGACAUUGUUAUUUAGCAUAUUGUAAAGCUUCAAUAGCAAGUUGAUAAACUUUUCUAAUCAAUUCUCAACUUUUAUAUUAAUUUAAUAUGUUAAUACCUGGGCACAGUAAUACAUGUAAUAAUGGCUAGGAAUCGGAAUCGUAUCGGUAAUCGGGAUAAUUGGGUAGAAUCGAAAUCGUUAAAAAUUUUGGUAUCGUCCCAUCACUAAUGAUUGUCAAUCAUUCGUUUUUAUCCUUAGCAAAAAAUUCACUUUUCAUCUUUAAAAAUCUAAAUCAAUUUUUAAAAAAGCAUGAGUUCAAUUAUUGAGUUCUGCCCCAUUUCUUAGGCUUAAGAUUAAGAUGGGGUAAACAUUAAAGUAAAUUAGGCAGGAUUGGGUUAAAUGUUAAUGUAUAUCUUAAAUAUUACUGAAUUGGUUGUCUUUUAUUUUGCAGAGGUUUAUGAUGUUGAUGAUGAUGACGACGAUGGUGAGGAUGAUGAUGGUGAAGGUAAGGAUUUUAUAUAUGCCACCAUUUAACCUAUAUGAUGAAAACAAGGUUAUUAGACAUGAAUUGAUAUAUACUUUUUAAUACAUGUACCCAUUUUUUUUUUUUUACUGGACUUUUGAUUUAUUUUGCCAAAAUUUACUUUCGGGAAAGUUACUGCUGUCACAAUUUAGAGCAGUUGUCUGUAAUUUUCAUACAUUUACACUCCUUGUAGCAUUUUUAGAAAUAUUUUUAGGGUGGGGGGGGGGCAGAGAUAUGUUUUAUAAAUCCUUCAGGUUAAUUGGUAUAUAUUCAUCAAUGGCAGGUUUCAAGGGUUGUGAUUUUACACUAUCAACAUGGAGCAUGGUUUUACAACCUUUUCAGCAUUGUGACAGCCCCUAUAAAAGUUAUGAAACAUUUUAUGCAAAGGACUUCUGUUCUUUUUUUGAAUUAAAAAGAGAACUGCAGAACUUAAUACAUAAAUUUGUGACUUUUAAUAAAUUAUGUGAUACAGUUAAUGAAGAAAUGAAACAGAUAUAAAAUCAUUUUUAUCAUAACUUAAAAGUCAAUAACUCCUCUGUUCUUAUAAGUUUAGCUUAUCAAUUUUCCUCGCACAUCCUGAAAUUCAAGCUUGGACCUCCUGGUGAGGAAACCAUGCCCAACAUAGUAAAUUUACUCAAAUUUUAUUUUUCUUCAAAGAGGUGUCAUUUAAAAUGUAACUGCCGAAUUCCCUCUUAUCAUAAAUUCUUUUGCUACUGAGGUUUUCCUCUCCAAAUGUGAUAUUUUUUGUGAUGUUUAUUUUAAAAUUUAGAGAUGCUUCAAAGUUUUUUUUAAAGGGGAGUGGGGGGGGGGGGGCAACCCCCCCCGAAAUGAAUAGAUUUGAAAAAAAUAAAAGGUACCGUUUUUUUGUUGUUUUUUUUUUAAAAUUUUGGGGUGUUUUAAAAUUUUUUUUAAGGGGGGGGGGGGGGGGGGGGGGGCAACCCCCCCACGAAUGAAUAGAUUUGAAAAAAAUAAAAGGUACCGGUAUAAUCAUUAACAUAAUUUAUACUCUUCACUUCUCAAUAACUGUUAUCUCUUUCUUUUUCAGAUGGUGAAGAUGAUGAAUAAUAACAGUGACUUCGUGUUUGUGUUUAUCCUGCCUGUUGAAUGUGUGUAUGCUUGAAUUGUUGAUAUCCAUGUUUUGAUCUGUGUCUGCUGAAGCAGGACAUAAUGACUCUUAUAAGUGUUCUGUGUCAUGUGUCACCAGGGAACGGUCAAUUUAAACGUUUUCCCUAUAUUUUUUAAAAAGUUGAUUAUUUACAAGCUAAAGAUUGUUGACAUUAGUUAGUACAGGUACAAGAAGCAAAGAAUGGUAAGAGAUAGAAUGGUUAGGAGGUUAGGAGAUUGCUAACACAAUAUUUAUAAUGCAAAUUUAAUUCCCCUGUGUUAAUACAGUGGGAAAUUAUUAACACCUAUGUUGGUCCUAUAGUUUCAUACAUUCAUUUCCCAUCUUGAAACAAGAUCUCAAUUUACGGAUACAAAAAGGGACAAAUACCUGGUGACACAUCAACUAGAACAGUUGUAUUAGAAUUUGAUACUGAGGCAGCAGAGAUUAUUGGGUAUAGUUUGAUAUUCAUGGAACCUUGAUCUUAAUAAAAUAUGUUUUAACCACCUGAGAAGAAAGCGCUUGCUGUUAUACAUUAGUAAGUCUUCCUUUGUGCUCCCCAGAAAUACAUAUGAAAUUUUCAUUAUGUGCUAUGCGAGUGACACAAAUAAAGUACUUAAUGGAAUGUCAUAGAUAUUAUCUAUCUGAAUGCACAUGGCAACAUUUGAGUCAUAUCUAUUUUUAUGUUUUUUUACUGGACAGAGUCUCAGGUGGCUCCAUCUCUAUUUCUUGUAAUUUACAUACAUGUUCAGUUUUAACUCUUUUCCUUCAAGCAGUAAAGAAUUUUAUGUCUAAAUUUUUGUAAGUAAAUUUUACCGUUUUGAAAAAUAAAAGAUAGUAUCAUAUUCAGAUAUUUUAUUUUAAAUUUCGAUUGCAAGAAAUUGUGAUUGCAUGACACCCUGAGGUGUGCUUAGUCUUCCCAUGAGAACCUUUAGUGCAAUUAUUGCAGGACGACUAAAUUUUAAAAAAUCUGCUUUUAGAAAACAAAAUCAUAAUGUAAAAAGAUGAUAGAAUAUAAACAAGAACCUUAACCAUCCAGUCUAUGUUUUAUUACUUGCAAAUAAAAAGAAAUGAUACACUUGCGACAUGUAUGAAUGAUAUAUUAUAUGAUCAUAUAUAUCAAACUUUAGAUGAUUACAAGGUGGAAUGGUAAGUCAAUAUAUUAAACCACCAAAUUCAAAAGAGAAUAGACACCCAUAUACACUAUUUAUAAAUCAAGUUUUAUUGUUGCAUAACCCAUACAAAAAAUCAAACAAAGCAUUAACAUGAAAUUAAGCCUUCUGUUUAUAACCCAGUCCAUCCAGUAUAUUCUGGUAGUGUACAUAAUCUUAAGUGAAAAUAUUGCUAGCAAUAGGCAAAUCACAUUGAUUUCCAAGUUUAACAAUACACAUGAUUACUUUUUAGAUGAUGAUUUAGAAAUAUGCGAAAAUGUUUUUAAUCCAACGACUUAUAAUGCUACACUGACUUACUGCCCAGUAAAAUUAUUGGGGGGGGGGGGGGGGUUGUUUAAAAAAUUGGUAAAGGCUCAAGAUUUAGAAUGAUUAACCUAACUGUAAAGCAGAAAGUCAGGCUUAUUUCAAAAAUGAAUCAACAUCUAAAUAAGUAUAAGAAGUAUUGAUACUGCUGAAAGUAACUGCAAUGUUAUUAUUGUGUAAGUUGUGGGGUAUGAUCUUGGCAGAUGAGGAUUGACCUGAUGACUUUUGUAGACACAAUGUGAUGUAUGUUUGUUAAAUUUGAGUGUUUUUGGAAAACAACAAGAAAAACCUUAACUCUGCUUGUCUGCAGCAUUUCCUUUGAAAAAUCUCAACAAAAAAAAACUGGUAAACAUAAAAAAAGAGUGCUUAAAACAAAAUGUACAUUGCAAAAAUGAUCAAAUGUCAAUUAAAAUUAUAUAUUGAAUAUUAUUAGUAUACUUUAUAUUAUAUCAAUAGUUUGUAAAGUAAAAUAACAAUCCAAAAACAAAGCAUGCACAACAUCCUUCAAUGCUCCAUAUUUUUGAAUUAAUUGUGUUAGAGCGGAGCAGGACUUAAUAUGGGAUGGACUAGAGUUGACUUCAAGUAAGUUUACAUUUAUCACUUGAUUUUCGGUGAAUAAGGUAACUGAGCUUCACAACAGUGAGUGGUCACCCCUUGAAUAGCUUUCAACUAUUCCUGUCCUUGAAUUAUCAUAAAACUUAAAAAGCAUUUCAGGUGAGAGUAAAACAGGUGGGACUAAUAAUAAUAAUGAAAUUGAAUCUAGUUAACAUAAGACAAAAAAACUCACGAGAUAAGUAACUGAUAACUGGACACUCAUGACCUGCUUAACAGGCUUGGCUAUAUACUAACAGUAAUGACAGUACCAUUGUGAACAGAGCACACAAGACAUUAUUCCAAUUCAAAUAGAAACAACUUCCUACCACAGAGAACAAGCAACCACUUGGAUUAAAUAAAUAUUGAUUAUAAAUUUUAAUCUUUUCAUUUUAUGAGGCUGGACCUUUGCCAUGGCAUGUAACUGUAAACACAGAGCUUAGUUUAACUAUAACAGUUACAUCCAUUGCUGGGGACUACUACACGGCAACACAUUAGAAACAUGUACAGCUAGGACAUCAAAGUAUUCAAAGAACAUAACCACAAAGAAAUAGUUAACAAUCUUCCAGUGAAUGCUCAUUGAUCAUAUUCUUCUUUUUAAUUAGCCAAAAAUUAUUGUCAGAAAAGUUAACAACUUGCAUAACAUUAAAAUUGGUAGACAGAAGUCCAUCAAAACCAUGUUUAGUGCGAGAAUUUAGGCGAUAAAGGGUAGUAUGAUAAUUUUGGUUAAUCUAAAUUUUUUAAUUUUUCAAUUAAAAAGUAUAAUUUUUAUGCCCUGAAUACAUUUAAAUUUCAUUGUUCAUUCCUAGAGGUAGCGGCAUGCCGGCUGUUAACCCUGUCAUCUCUCAGCAGGCCACACACUGGAAACAAUCUAGAACUCUGACCUGCGUAUAUGUGUGAUGUGUUUGAAACUUGCAUGAAAAGCGUUGGUGAUCUCACUGCACUAGAUUAAUGGUAGUCAAGCUGUGUGGGACUCUACAAUGGAAAUCUCAUAGAUAACCUGCAAUAAUUUGGGUAAAGCAAUUUAUUGACAGAAACAAAUGUUGGUGACAAAAACAGGCUUUCACGUUCUGAACUGUUGGUGCAUCACUUAUGUCAAAAAUUACAUCCCUAAUAAAUCAUCGCUUAUGUCAAGUACUAAAUAAGAGCUUUGGCCUUGGCAUAAAUUUAAAGAUAUCUUAGAUACUAUCAUUUUAAAAGCCUGGACUCGAGGGAACUAGCCCCAAAAUGUUAUUACCA